UCGGCUCCUCGAGCCCGAAGCUGCGUCUCUGCGUCUGCGUGUCCGAAGAAGCGUUCGGAGGCGCUUGAUUGAUACCCCGAUUGACGACCACAUCAAUCGUUCGCAUGUGCUCGGGUUCAUCCGCAAUUAGGCAGCCGGGCCGAGCGACAGUCGGAGCGAUCAAUCGGUCAAUCAUUCAGUCAUGGGUUCAAUCAUUCGCUCCGCGUUUUGGCAGAAUUUCAUUCGACGUUGUAUCGCUCGGUGGUGAAGAAGAAGAAGAAGCAGAGGAGUUGGAGGUUACCGGCGGCAGCAGCAGUAGCAGUAGCGGACUGGAGCGAGCGAGCUGAUGAAUUCUAUUUAGGUUGUGUGUGCGGUGCUGAGUGCGGAGAGAUGAGGCAGCUCCUAGGUCCAGUCGAAUUUUCUCGUGUGCAAUUUUCUACAAAGUCGAGGAAGUAAUCUCUCUCUACUUACGCCGUCGAAGGCGGCAAAACUGGUUAGGCUGGGCUGGUUGUGUAGCUCUACCGCUUUUCGACGCAUGAGGAGUCGGUGAAGACAGGUUUUGUUGGACUCCGGAGGUCCUUACGAGAAAGUGGAGAAUGGGAGUAAGUUUCGAGCUGCUGAAUAUGGUGCAAAUGCAGUCGCUUUUGGCUCUGGCGAUCUGUGUACUCUUCUUCACUCAUGCGGUCGCUUUGGAGAUUGGGCCUUUGAGUUCCAUUCGAGACGUAGGGGUGAACAAGUCUGUUAUUAUACAGCCCCUUUCCCUCGAAGGGUUCGUGGAGGAAUCUCCAGGAAUGAAACCUGGUGAUCUGGUGGUAGCCACUCGCUUGCGAGUCCCUGGGAUAUCCCGGUUGCAGCAUGUGGAUAAGUUUUACCACACAUAUCGAAUCAAGGUUGAAACUCCUAGUCGAGGCGGGGGUUUCUUUACAGGAACUCCAAAAAUUGAUGUUUGUGUUCAUCAGAAUGAGAUUAUGGGUUUAGCUCAAUGUGGCAAAGAGAGUUGGCGAGCCCUUGACAAGGCAGGAUCGUGGAGUGGUGGCUUUUCUCCGUUUGAGACCAAAUUUAUUGAUAUCCGAAUAGCAGAACCACUUUCAGACCUUCCAAUCGUUGUUUCCGUGCUUGAUGAAUCUAGUGAAUACAGGUUGGUGUUUCUGGGGCUGGGAACGAUUCUGUUGAUACUGGCGCCUAUAGUCAGUGGAUGGGUUCCAUUCUAUUACACCACCGCGAUGACAUUGGGCAUAAUUAUGAUUGUCCUUGUUAUCGUCUAUCAGACAAUGAAGCUUUUACCUACCGGACGUAAGAGCUCAAUAUACAUCCUUUUAUACGGCUCUUUGGUCGGCCUGGGGACGGUGGUGGUCAGUUACUUUGGUAGCCUUGUUUCUUCUGUACUGUUGGAGCUUGGUUUCAGUGAAGAUAUGUACAAUCCUAUGGCUGUUUUUCUUGGAGUGGGAAUUGCACUCCUCGGGGCGUGGCUGGGCUACUGGGGUGUCCGGAAGCUUGUAAUCGCAGAAGAUGGAAGCAUUGACGAUGGAACGUCAAAAUUUGUAAAGUGGGCAAUACGCGUGUUCGGCUCUGUCAGCCUUCUCCAGAGCUCGAAAGACCCGGUAUUUAUGCUUCUGGCUUUUGUGGGAGGAGCAGCCGUGGCAUACGUUGUAUUAAACGCGAAGAUAUGUGUCAGUGAAUUUUUUGACUACGUGCAAGACAAUUGGUACUCAGAGCCUUUGAUAGGAAAAGGUGUUUCUUUUCAGUCACCUCGUAAAGAGAGGAAACACUACAUGACACAGGCGCAGAUGGAUGCUCUUCGGAGAUUGCCAGGCACGGACUCUUUAGUCGCUGGUGCACAGCUGGUCAGUAAUAAUGCGCAACUUUCGGAGGGAUCAACACCAGGGCGCAGAAGAAAACAAUUGACGAAGCCUACAGCGGACGAAGAAGCGUUUGUUUCUACAUUUCACAAGUCACCAGGACACAAGCCAAUGAGCAAACAGGAGUACGAAGAGAUCUCCAAAGAAUACACAUUGAAAGCAGUGAAAGAUCUGGAAAAUUCAAGGGAGUUUAGAGAUUGGAAAAAUUCCAACACGCAUAGGUUCUUUGUAGCCCCACACGAACAUAGAGAGGAGAGGCAUGAAGCCGAGAUUGCCCUCACUGCCAACCUUGCAGAGGCCAAACCCGAAGGAGGAUUUUUUGGCCACAGAAGACGGUAGAUCACUGUUCCACGUGCAUGUAACAUAUCUUGAUCUUAAACCCCAGUUAUUGGGGAAGCCUCCAAGUUAUACUUCCAGCAGAUUGCACAUAUUGUCUAGAUAGAUCAAGUCCUUGCACUACGCAGAUCUCAUUGUGGUCAGUCAUUCUGCCUGAAAGUGAGUUCUUCCUAUACACUGCCGAGAAAUGUUUGGUAGCAGAGUUAAUUAGCGUUUACGGUGAUCCUUCUACUCGAAACCCCGUUCUGUUCCCAGAUAGUUCAUUGAUUAGAAAUGUUAGAUAGCACAGUUAUCUGGCGGUCAAUGACGCGAAUGUUAACAGAAUCCGUCGAAUUUUUUUAUUCCCAAGAAUCUUUUGUUGAAAUCAUACACUC